CUUUUGAAUCCGAGAUGGCGUCGCCAGCGCAAGCGUGCGCGUUUGCUGUCAACGAAAUCAUGGCGACCGUCGCGCAGACCGCGGGCGUCUCGUCGUGCGCGCUCGUGGCGCAGGUCACGUCCGGCUCGUUCAACUCGGCCGCCGUCGCGUCGUUGGACUGCAAGAGCACCAUUUGCAGCUUCCUCCUCGAGACGCUAGCGACCGGCUUUGCCUCGUCCGCGCUAGCAACCUGCACGUUGCACGACAGCGCAAACAACAGAGACGUUCUUGUCGGGGACAUUGGCGGUCUCUGCUCGGGCGGGAGUCUCCGGACGGCGACCACGGCCCGCCCGACGCCGACGCCGGUGCCGGAAACCAACAGCUCGGGCAUGAUCAUCGGUAUCAUUGUUGCAAUCGUUGUCGUCAUUGUGAUCGCAAUCGGCCUUUGCUUGCGGCGUCGAAGAACCAAAGAGACGCACCCCCGCUGCCCUCCACGGCAGCUUCCGUACCGGCUGCCGACGACCGACAUCACCAUGGUCAAGUCGUUGGCGCGCGGCGCGUACGGCGAAGUCUGGCUUGGACGACAGCGCGACAGAGUCGUCGCCGUCAAGAAGCUCCUCGGGCACAAGCGGGACAAGAACGAGCUCCAAAAGUUCAUUUACGAAAUAGCACUUUUGGCCAAGCUCGACUGCCCGUUCAUUGUGGCGUUUGUGGGUGUCGCCUGGACGCGCCCGAGCGACAUGCUGCUCAUCACCGAGUACAUGGAUGGCGGCGACCUCCGCAACCUCCUCGCAUCGACCCAGUCAUUUUCGUGGCCGCAGAAAGUCCACGUCGCUCUUCACAUUGCCGAGGCGCUCGUCUACCUCCACUCGCUCGAGCCAAAGAUCAUUCACCGCGACCUGAAAUCGCGCAAUGUGCUCCUCAACACCAAGUUGGACGCCAAGUUGACGGAUUUCGGCGUCUCGCGCGAAACGGACGACGCGACCAUGACCGCCGGCAUUGGCACGUACCGCUGGAUGGCGCCCGAGGUGCUCCAAGACGGCCACUACACCGAGUCGGCCGACGUGUUUUCGUUUGGCGUGAUCCUUGCCGAGCUCAGCAACGAGAUCGUGCCGUACUCGGACUUGCGAAAUGUCAACGGCAACCCGUACACGGACACGGCGAUCAUGGCCAAGGUCAUGAAGGGCGAGCUCCAGCCGACGCUGUCGCCCGACUGUCCGCAAUGGUACGUCGAGCUGACGCAGCGGUGCAUGCAGCUAAGAAACUUCGACCGACCGAGCGCGUUGGAUGUCGCUGUCGUCCUUCGUCGGUCCUGUGCCGCACUGCGGUAGUAACACUUUGGAAUAAAAAUCUCGUGCGUGACGCGCCUUCUGAC